GAAAUUGAAAAAGUCACAAAUAGGAAAAUAGCAGAAGCUGAAACAGCAGAAGAUAAAAAGGCUUAUCUAUACAAAACGAUAUCCGCAUUAACAGAAACAAAAGAUGCUAUUCUCUGGAAAAAGAGAGACCUAGUAAAAGACUUAGAAGAAGAAUAUGGGUACACAACUAACCAAGCAUUGACCCUAGAUAGAAAAGAUUUUGAAGCUAUGGAAGAAUAUAAGCAAUGA